AUGGACAGCGGAAGUCCACCACCAAGCUAUCAAGAGACUCGUGCCAAGUCUGAAGAACACCACCCGCCACCCCAUGGCCCGGAAGAUGACGGACCGCCCGCAAAGGCACAUAAACAUGACGCGAAUUCUUACCCUGGCAAGUUGCCUGCGACAACAUCAGCGACAACAUCAGCCCAGCCGGCUCAGUCGGCUCAGCCGACGACUUCUUCGACAUCUUCGAUGGGCCAAUACAAUACGAUCGACUUUCUCGGCAAUGUGUCCGGCGGUCCUCAUGCGGCUGCGGCCGAAGCACUCGCGACAUUUUCGUCCUCCGUUGGGGACACAGUGAACAACAAUCACAUAUACGUGUCUGUUCCGUCGUCGUCGCAUGUAGAUGCUAAUGCAGCUGCGACUGGCGUGCCAAAUGCGGCUCAUAUGCCCCCAACUCCAACUCCGCCACAACCAGCAGCAGGAGCAGCAGUAACAGCAGGUCCGGCACCAGGGGCAGGAACAGCGGCUCCCCCGCCAUCAGCUGCGCCUCAACAUGGGCCACCGUUCCUUUGUCCCACUUGCAAUACAUCGUACUCGCGUCUCGAGUACUUGCGGCGGCAUGAACGACGGCAUGCUGAUAUCCGACCAUUCUCGUGCCCGUGCGGCAAAUCGUUUUCGCGUAGCGACGUUUUGGCACGCCACAAAACAAAGUGUCGUGUUGUAUUGAGCGGUGAGGUGCAGACAUCAUCCCCUUCUGAUGCACGCCCUAAGGCGGAGCGUGCACAGCGUGGGAAUGGGUCCCGCUCGACGCGCAAUCGUUCCGCAGCUGCUACUUCAACGCGUGGACAAGCCGGCCCAGGUGCAGGAGUGGCAGCGCCGCGCUCAGACCGCCAUCCUAUGGGUGAUUUAUCUGUCGACCCUGCCUUGUCAGGUGCAACUGCCGCUACCGGUGUCGCCACUUCCGCCGUUGAUCCAUCGAUGCAGCCGCCACCGCCGCUCGAAACUGGUGCGCCAGACCAUCAUGUUGACGAAUCGUAUUCGUAUGUGAAUGCUCCCGCCUCAUUCGCAACUCAUACACAACAUAUGGAUAGCGAGUAUGGUCCGAAUCGCAGCGCGAAUGUGCACUACGCGCAAGCACCGCCACCGCCACUACCAGCACCGUCAUCUGCCGCGGCACAUGCUAGUGGAAUGCCCGUGCGAAUGCAUGAGUCAAAGAUGUAUGCUCCGCAUGGUGCGGCUUCGGGUCCACCACGUGCGACGAAUGCAGCUCCACCACCGCCACCAUCGUAUGUAACUGGCGCGCCGGCUAUACAUCCGGAGCUGUCAUCGCGUGGCUCCGGUAUGUACAACACAUCGCAUGCCCCUACAGGCGCUGGCGGUCCUGGCACAUCGACGGCUGGCCCUAAUGUCUCGAAUGCUUUUUACGCGCCGCAGCAUAAUGGCGCCGAGCAUGCAGGAAGUGCCGGUAGUGUCAAUGUCAAUGGCAGUGGUGCGAAUGCUGGCGCGUAUGGGGCAGUGCCAAGCACACAUUAUGCUGAAGGCAAUACAACGGGGGCACCAGCAGCGGGGUCGCAGGCUGGUGCUCCUGGUAAUGUGUAUCCUCACAACAAAGAACUGGCACGUUUCUCAGUGGCGUCGUCAGGUCCUCUCUCGCCAUUCUCCAACACGGCACUUAGCUCAAAUAUUUCGCCGUACCUCUCUGCAUUCUCGUGUGCGCGUGACAUGCCGCGUAUGUCGAGCCCACGGCUUGGAGGUGGUGCGUCUACUGCCAGUGGAACGAAUGGUGUGCCGCCUGCGACAACGACGAAUGCCCCAGCGACUUCUCACAGCCCGCACCAGACAGACGAUGCGCCACCACCGCCGCCACCAGAUGCCAAUUCGUCAUAG